UGUUCUUGUUGGCUGGUCGUGUUUGUUGUAUCAAUUUGUAUGUCAAUUAUCAAUUAACCCUUGUUAAUAAUGGCCCGUUGAUUAUUAAAAAGCAGUGCUCAGUGCUGAUACUAUCGAUGUGAACUGUGAAGUGCAUGUAAAUCAUGGCGGCUGGUGGUGAGGAGCUGUGGCGCGAGUGCGUGUCCUGGCUGACGAGAUGUGAAUUGCUGCGUCCCGACCACAAAGCUAACUGGAAGACGAGCACGAUCCACGACCUGGCGUACACCCUGCGCGAUGGGGUGCUGCUGUGCAACCUGCUCAACGUGCUGCACCCCGGGUGCAUCGACAUGAAGGACGUCAACCAGAGGCCUCAGAUGGCGCAGUUCCUAUGCAUGCGCAACAUCAAAGUGUUCCUGCGCACGUGCCACGAAGUGUUCGAGCUCCGGGAGACGGACCUCUUCGACCCCUCCAUGCUGUUCGACCUCUCCAACUUCCACCGCGUGCUAUGCACACUCGCCAAACUGAGCCAGUGCCCGAAAGCUUUGGCUAAAAAUAUCAAGCCAUUUUCAGCGCACAGGACACAAUCAGAAGAAGACAUCUAUAAAGACUUGCAGUCUGUUAGCGCGAGCGUAUCUCUGGAGGCGCCAUCAUACGGGGAGGCGUUGAGCAUGGCCGAGCCCCUGGAGCCCGAGGUGCCCGAAGUGCCUUGGGUGCAGUUCACCAUCCCGAACGCCAACUGCGAGGAGCGCGUCGAGGCCAUAUACGAGGACCUCUGCUACGUCAAGCUACCUACCUCCGCCAAUCCUGAGCUAGCGACAUCUUCGCACAGUCUCGAGAAGCGUGAUUACGUCAUCAGGGAGCUGGUGGACACUGAAUGUAACUACGUGGACGUACUCAGCAAGAUCAUAAAAUACUUCCUUCGACCCCUCACUCCGUACCUGAAGCCGCAGGACCUACAAGUCAUCUUUUUUGGCAUAAAGGAACUCCAUGACAUCCACACAGGCCUGCUUCGGCAGCUGAAACUAGCAACAGAGGCGUGCGUGCCCGGUAGCGGGGCUCCGCGCCUGGCAGACGUGUUCCUAGCGUGGCGGGAACGCCUGUUGCUCUACGGAGACUACUGCUCUAACCUCACACACGCUCAGGACACGCUCAAGACCCUCGACCAACGGGACAACACAUUCAGCAAGCAGUUGGCGAAAUGUCAGAAGGAGCACAGCGACGGGCGCAUUCAGCUGCGAGACAUCUUGUCGGUGCCGAUGCAGCGCGUGCUCAAAUAUCACCUGCUGCUUGACAAGCUCGUGUCUGAGACACAGCCGAAUCACGAGGAAUUCCGCGGUUUAGAGCGCGCGAAGGAAGCGAUGGUGGACGUAGCGCAGUACAUUAACGAAGUGAAGCGCGACAGCGAAGUACUGGCGUUACUUGCCAAAGUGCAGGAGAGCAUAAUAGACUGGGAGGGCGGCGCGCUGGGCGCGGGCGGCGCGGGGCUGGCGGCGUACGGCCGCCUGCUGCUGGACGGGGAGCUGCGCGUGCGCGCGCACGAGGACCAGAAGCUGCGCUCGCGGUACGUGUUCGUCUUCGACAAGCUCAUGCUGCUCUGCAAGCCGGUCAAGGAGAACCAAUACUCGUAUCGUGUAGGUGUGCGUUUGGCGGAGUACCGAGUUGAGGAGGGUUGUGGACGCCGCGCGCUACGCACUGAUGCGCGCUGGGCGUCACACUUCUACCUCGUGAGGCGGACGAAAGAUGCUACAUUUACCUUGUACGCGCGCACAGAUGACUGCAAGCGCAAGUGGGUGAAGGCUAUCCGGGACGCUAUUGACAACCUGGAGCCGGCCGGCUGCCGCAGCACGAAUCAUAAGUUUGUUCUCCACACGUUUGACAAGCCCGCAACCUGCCAUCACUGCUCCAAGUUCCUCAAGGGCAGGAUAUUCCAGGGCUACCUGUGCACGGUGUGCAACGCGUGCGCGCACAAGGACUGCAUCGCGCUGUCGGGCCGCUGCUGCGGCGGGCCCGCGCCCGCGCCGCCGCUGCCGCCGCACCACCACCAGCCCGACCAGGCGCUGCACUACUACAUGUGGUACGUGGGCGAGAUGGGCCGCGAGACGGCCACGGCGCGGCUGGAGCGGCGGCUGGACGGCACGUUCCUGCUGCGCGUGCGGCCCGCGCAUGCGCGCGCGCCCGCCGACUCAGACACGCACUACGCGCUCUCGCUCAAGACGGAGAACACAGUGAAGCACAUGCGCGUGUGCCGCAAGCCCAUCGACCAGGUGCCGCACUACUACCUCUCCGAGUCGCGCUUCUUCCGCAGCAUCGUCGAGCUCGUCUCCUACUACGAGAAGACCAGCCUCUCGGAGAACUUCGUCGGCCUAAACUCAAACCUGCGCUGGCCAUUCCGCCGCUUAGUAGCGACAGUGAUCCACGACUUCAGGCCAUUGGAGUCGUCACAGCUGGCGCUGAGGCCCGGAGCCAAGAUCCUCAUCCUCAGCAAGGAAGGAGACUCGCGCGGCUGGUGGAAGGGACGCACGCUCGACAAGGGAGAUUACCGCUCGGGCUACUUCCCCAAGGAAUGCGUGCGGGAGGAGCCCGAGUGCAUCGGCGCACUGGACUGAUGUCAGCUAUGUCUCGCCGAGCGCGGCCUGAUCUUCGUGCCGCAGCCGCAGCCGCGGGACUUGCGGAACAGGCGGGACGACCGCGACGUCCCCCACGACCCCGCCGACCUCGUCUAGCUUGUUAUGUAAGUCUGCGGGACUUCCUGCACUGGCGGGAGGACUUCAGAUCUUGUCUAGGUCAAUGACCCGUGAGUCUCAAGAGUGAAGCGUGAAUUUCUGCACGUGUACGGCGAGAAUUAGCAGGUUGUGUGGAUUGUGGAUUGGUUUUGUUUACAUAGUAAAGGCAUUUAAUAUCAUAAAGAAUAAUAGGUAUCCUUUGAAAAUCGAAUGUCCAUUAUUGAUACUGCGAAUAAUCGCUAAGGCUUGAAUUUCGUAACAAAAGAGUACCGUCUUUUAUCGGCUGUACUAGUAGACAUUCCAUCAUUUUUGCGAAAAUAUUCAAGUCGAUGUCUUUACUAUAAACAAUAUAUCGAACUUGGUAAAUGCCCUUGACAAAGUCUCAUCUUCUAGGUAACAUUGUCUUAUAGAAUAUGCCAAUAUUAUGGACUAAAGGAACUUUGCCAGGUCUACCAAUCUGCCACCUAUCAGUAGUAAGAUUGUACAUAGAUAUUUUCAAAAAGAAAUGUGGAUAACCCUCUCGCUGUUUUUAUGAACUAAAUGUGUAACCAGUGAAUAAACUGAAGGCAGCGAGUAGUUGAAGAAUAGGAGAUUGUAUAUAAGGAUAGUGUUAUAUUUUGCUAAACAGAGAGCUUUAUACAAAGCCGAGUCAAUCUAACGCGAAUUAACGUUAGUGAGGUUGAAAGGUACGCGUUAAGUAGUCAAGAAUUUGCUUAAGGUAUUUUGGAUAAGUGGAACCAUGCUGGAACCAUACUUUUAGGGCGUUUUCGCACUCAAAUUCAAAAAUAUCUUUAUUCAGUAGGUAACAUAGUUACACUUGGAAUCGUCAUUUUUUACAUAACGAACGUCUCAUCCGUGUAAAACUACUGCAGCUUCUCACAACCUGUAUAGCUGGGGAAAAGAAGCUGCAAGAAAAACCAAGACACAGGGCCUUAGACGUUCUUUUUUUUAAAAAAAUCGCACUACUUCGUUUCUUAUCCGUCAAAUAACGGAUCUAAAGCAGCCGUGGAAAUAUUUGUACGGUUGCCUGCGCUCUACAUCCAUCCGAUAUCUCAUAACAUGAGCUCACAACUAUAUCUCAGUAAAGUAGUUAGAGGUACAUCCAUCGCAAGAUGAACUAAGUACCCCUCACCGAACGGUGAUAUGGUGAGCCGUAUCGCCCUCUAUAAUGCUCGAGCCAACUGUAUGUGAUAAUUAUCUCAUAGUAAUUUUCUAUGACUCAGAGUCGAACCAUUCUCGGACUCGGUAUGGAUAAGAAUCGGAUGCAGUUCGGAAACGCCCUCUCUCGUUAAAUAAUGAGGAUAAAAGCUGCCUAUUUCUCCCAACAGGUGUCGCUACUGUUGAGUAUCCAUAAAUUUUGACAGUUCCCCAUACUAUUUGAGUAAACAAACAUAUUGUUUUGGUUAUAUUUUUACACUAUAACCUUUUGAGCAGCGUUUGACUGCAACAUCAUAGUGUUAUAUUUAUACCAUAAAGAUCGGAAAGCUUAGAAAAACGUAUUUUUUUCCAACUGAUGGCUGCUUUUCUUCAGACGAGAUACACUCCACUGCUCGUCACAUUUUAUAGCAACUUAUUACGAAUUUUAGCUGAACAGUAUGGGAAACUGUCAAAAUUUAGGUACACUCAACAGUGCUGCCAACAUUUGAGCUUCUAGUUCUUAUCCUCAUUGAAAAUAAUAUAAGAUUUUUUCGUGUACCGGUCUUGUAACAGACAUUCUCACAUAAAGUAUAUUUGUCGGUUUACUCUCUACGGUCACGAGCAUUAAUACGUAUACACAUUGGUACCAUGUCACAUUAACUUUUUUGUCAAAUUGAACUGAAGUCUCACUAAAUGUCAAAUAUGUUAGUGCGACAGAGUCCUAAAGUGGGUACAUUAUAUUACUCAUGACUGUACAUGUGUAUACCCUAUUUAACGCGUGAUUCGAAUGACAGCAGGACAGAGAUAUAGGACAUUGCCUAGUGCGAAAGAGACCAGAGAUAUGUGAUUCUAUACGUGACACGUUAAAUAGGGUAUAAUUCUGCACAAAGCAGCAAUUCUCCUGUAUUAUCGUACUCUCAAUGUUACAAAUAAUCCAUUUUAAAAUCCGAUUCUCAUUGUCUAGAAUUGAAAAAUAUCCAAAUUACAUUAAAUGAUGAGAAAAGGAAUUGAUGUACGUAGAGUUAAGCGUAUAUUUGUUGUUGUAAGUAGAAUAUUUGGAUUCCUCAAUACAUCUGUUGGCGUCAGAUAUGGCAACCGUUGCGUAGGUUUGUUGGCUAUAUGGCGCAUAACAACGGGGUGUUAAGUAAGGCUUUUAUAUUAUUAUAAUUUAAUAAUUAAAACACAUAAUAACGGGUUCUUACCGCGUUUAAAGCAGGGAUAUGAGACUCCCGAUAUUUCGACACUGUUGCAAGUGCCAUGAUCACGGGAUGACUGAUGAGAUUGGAGUGGAGUAGGUAGGUUAUUAUAAUUUUGUGUUCUUUUACUCUUUAUUAUACAUUAAUACUGAGUUGGUCAUCUUUGAUUUCGCUCGCUAAUAUCGGGCUCGAAGGACCACGAACAUAAAAAACCUUACUUUAAACCCCGUUGCUAUGCGCCAUAUAAUCAACAAACCCAGAUCGACGCCAACAACAUCUGAUACUUUGCGCAAGUUACUGAGUGUCAAACUAUGCUCAAACGUGUGUGCCACAUUUUAACGAAGCAAACAAUAAUAUAUAAAUACAUAAUGUAAAUGGGGUGUUUCAUAUGUGUUGUGUUUAAACUUGGAAAAAUAUUUAAAAAUGCUAAGGGCAGAUUUUUCAUUAAACCUAUAAAUUAUGUAUCAACGCAAAGUUUUGUAUGGAAAAAUUCAAAUUUGGAACACUUUAUUUUACAAACAGACGCUAUCUGGUUAUUGAGAAAUUGCCCCUAAAGCAAUUGUUAUAGUUCCUUUAGACUUACUAUGCUUGUAGUGGUCCUGAUUCCCGCAGAUUGUACCCGUCAUUUUCUUAUCCGAUGAAAAGGAAAGGGACAGAUGAUUCACAGAUAUUAAUUUAAACAUAAAUGAACGAAUCAAAUAGGCAUCUCGCUGGUAUGUGUUUACAUACAUUUGACGUGUGCUGUCUACUUAAUUUUGUCGAGUUAUUGGCCACUGUACUUUUUAGAGGUUUGUUUAAGUUUCUGCCUAAAACUGGUUUUCGACUACCCGUCCCUUUCCCUUUCGGCGGAUCAGAAAAUGGCAGGUAUAACUUAAAAUCGUAAAAAAAAUAUAAGGAGCUCAGUGGUGCAGCGGUAAACGCGCUCGGUCUGCGAUUGUUGAAGUUAAGCAACUUUCGCAAAGACCGGUCAUAGGAUGGGUGACCACAAAAAAAAGUUUUCAUCUCGAGCUCCUCCGUGCUUCGGAUGGCACGUUAAGCCGUUGGUCCCAGCUGCAUUAGCAGUUGUUAAUAACCACCAAUCCGCACUGGGCCCGCGUGAUGGUUUAAGGCCCGAUCUCCCUAUCCAUCCAUGGGGAAGGCCCGUGCUUCAUCAGUGGGGAGGUUAAUGGGCUGAUGAUGAUGAUGAACUUAAAAUUAAAUGAGAUGGUGUGUAUUGGAAUCAGCACCAUUGCAUUCGAAGUAAUUCUCCUAGUUUGUGUAAGUUACGCAAUACGAAGUUUCCCGCGGUACAAAUUGAUGUUAUAAUAUUUAAAGAAUCAUCCCAAAUGUGUCACCAGACUCAAAGCAACGACAUGUUAUUAGUUAGGUAAUUUAUUGUCGACCUUAUGCCCUGCCUGUGUGAGUUCAAUUCACGGUUCAAGUGUUCUAUGCUACGGUCUACACACGGUACAGUCAUGAGCAAUAUCAUGUACCCACUUUAGAACCCUGUCGCACUAUCAUAUUUGACAUUUAAUGAGACUUACAGUUUAAUUUGUCAAAGAAGUUAAUGUGACAUGGUUUCAAAGUGUAAACAUAUUAGUACUCGUGACCGUACUAGAGCACGUCAUAAAUCUACAAUGCAAUCUCAGUACGAGGCGUGUGUUUGUGUCAAUGAAUAAGGGCCAGUUUCUUGUAAUGAAUUUUGUAUAUGAUUUUAAUUUAUAAUACCAUAAUUAUUAAAUUUAUACAUAUAACAGCACGGUCAAAAAAAUUGACACAAAAAAUAGUUAUAAAAAUAACACGAUACAUUCAAGGUUAAACUUAAUGCAUUGCAUCGCACUUUCCUACACGUCUAUACUUUUCUGUCAUUCAGAACCGUUAUUUGCUAGAGCGAGAUAAAGAGUACGAUGCUGAGUGACAGAAAAGGAUAGACGCGUAGGAAAGAACGAUGCGGUGCGGCCAGCCUUUCUAACAUGCGCAACGUGAUAAAAUUAUCGAUCGAGUCGAUAAGUUUUGUCAAAAUCGAUAAGUUUGUCAUUUCCCCUAACAUGCGUGUCGUGUAAAAUUACUGUCACUAUAAACGUUUAUCACGUCGAGAAACAGAUGUAGCCGUUUUGUAAUUCGAAAUUCAAAUUCAAAUCAUUUAUUGUGACACACAGGUACAGUGGAUAGAUGUUACAAAGAUAAUAAUAAGACCGCUGUGAUCUGCCGGUAGGCGUACAAAUAAAUUAAAUUAAUUUUAUUUUAAUGUCGUGUUGAAUCCUUUGUCAAAUUCAUAUCAAUUUAAGCUAAAAGACAAAAAGAUAAAAAGUGACAGUAUGGACAUAUUACGUACAUGUGACAAAAAUCAAAAGUCCACAGAAUCUGAUAAAAAUAUGGUGCCAUGUUAGGCUUCAUCGACAAUUUAUCACGUUGUGGUAUUUCGACAGAACGACAUGACUUUUUUGGUUUGCCAACACAUAAUAACGGGUUCUUACGGCGUUUAAAUCAGGGAUAUAAGACUCCCUAUAAAUCGACACUGUUGCAAGUGCCAUGAUCACCUGAUGAGUGCCUGAUUUAAACGCGGUAAGAACCCGUUAUUAUGUGUUUUAAUUAUGAUAACAACCGCGUACACUUAAAACAACACAUGACAUAUAUCGUGAGAAUCGAUGAAA